AAGUUAUUGUGGGUGGUGCGGCCAUGCCGCGGGGCUGAGAGGGACGAGGGGCUCUGGCGUUCUGCUUCCUGUGUGUGUGGCGCCUUGUUUUUUUGGCCACUCGUCGCGUGAAAAUGGACAUUUACGAGUCCAAACCGCCCCCAGUCGACGUGGUGACAGUUUUGACCGGUGUUCCUCUGCGUUUCGGCCGCGCUGCCGAGUCGCCUCCACUGCGUCUCCCCCCCCCCGCGCCGCUGCCAUGCUGCCUGCCGCAUUGUUGUAAUGGCGGAGGACACGAAGCGUCUGGCUGCUGCUGGGAGCGCGGCGGCGGCGGUGUGUGCGUGUGGAGCGACUGACGGAGGGAGAUUCAUUUUUGGCCGCUUGUUAUAAUACAUUUCCUCCAGUGUGUCCGGUGAAGGGACCUUUAAUGCUCGCGACGAGGAAGGAAGGAUAUUUCAUAGUGGCGUUAUUAGGAAAGGGGGUGUGUGUGUGUGUGUGUGUGUCGCUGAAGGCCCCGUCGAUACGUCCGCAGCCCUGUGGCUGGCGAGGGAGGGAGGCGGAGGGAUCUGCUGCUGGUAGUGACGCAGGGCAGUCUGGGAAAUGUAGUCCCUCUUUCCUUUUUUUAAUAAUCACAAGUGGCUGCGGGUACUUUGCGACCCAUUCCCCAGUUUAACAGGAAAAGUAAUUGGAAAAUAAGUUGCAUGACAUAUUUAUCUACUAUAUAUAUAGACUGCAUCAGUUAAUUGAUAAAUCGUUUAGUAAUUGAUAACUAAAUUAAUCAACAACUAUUUUGAUAAGCGAUUAAUCCGUUCAAAAUUCCCUGAUUUCAGCUUCUUAAAUGUGAAUAUUUUCUGGUUUCCUUGCUCCUCUGUGACAGUGAACUGAAUAUAUUUGGUGUGUGAAAAAAAAGAAAAACAAUUAAUCGAGAAAAUAAUCAACAGAUUAAUCGAUAAUGAAAAGGAUCGUUCCUUGCGGCCCUAAACAUAAAUGUAGACAAUAUAAUCAGAUUGCUUGCAUCAGCUUUCAUUCCCUUAACUAAUGAUAUUACUUUUUGAUAUGGUGAUUUAUCAUUUGGGCUAUAACAUGAAUGUCCUCAUUGGGCCCCGAGCUGUUCCUCCGUAGUUUGGCAUUGGAUUGGUUUGCUGGAUGUGCGGCUGCAGUGUUGGUGUGACUACACACACGCGCACACACUCCUUUUCUCAUCUGUGUGUGCACAAUUGUCCCCAGUGUUUGUACUGAGGCAGCUGAGUCAGUACAGAUAAGAGCUUGGCCAGAGAGGGUCCCGGAGAUACCGAACCUGAUACAAAGGAUGUUAGAAUGUUGUAGAGGAAGUUCGCCUUGAAUUUCCCUUCAGCUUAUUGUGAAUGAUGGCUUUUCCUCACAGUUUUAGGGUGGAAUUAUUAACAGACGUGGUGCUGCUUAUAAUUAUGUCUUAUUGACAGUCAUCUGGAGUUAACAACAAAGAGUUUUCAAACCUUUUGAAAUCAGAAGCGGGAUUGAAUGUAGUAGGCACAGUCAUUAUACAUCUAAACACCUGUAGGGAAUUUCUCUUAACUUUUCACUUUCAAAAGGUCAAUUCACAUAAUCCGAUCUGUUCUAAAGCCCCACGUGCACUGACUCUUCAGAAGGGCUGGAGCACGACCAAUAUGGGCUUGAACUCAUGUGUUGGGGUCAAAAGAAUAGUUUCUCAAAUUUCUACAAUGCCCUGCUGCUGUUGCCAUCGCCGGAUGCAACCGUAAUGACACACUCUGGCCAACAUUCCUCUGACCCCAGAAACAGCCCGCGACCAAGAGAGGAGAAUCCGCAGAGAGAUUGCCAACAGCAACGAGCGUCGGCGCAUGCAGAGCAUCAACUCUGGAUUCCAGUCGCUUAAAACACUCAUCCCACACAGUGAUGGAGAGAAGCUCAGCAAGGCUGCCAUCCUGCAACAGACGUCAGACUACAUUUUUACUCUGGAGCAGGAGAAGACGCGGCUAUUGCAGCAGAACAGUCAGCUCAAACGAAUCAUACAAGAGUUAAGUGGUUCUUCCCCGAAGAGGAGGCGCGCAGAGGAGAAGGAUGAAGGGAUCGGCUCGCCAGACAUCCUGGAGGAGGAGAAGUCUGAGGACUUGAAGAGGGAGAUGAUCGAGCUGCGGCAGCAGCUGGAGAAGGAGCGGUCAGUCAGGAUGUUGCUCGAAGAUCAGAUGCGUUCCCUGGAUGCACAGAUUUACCCGGAGAAACUCAAGGCGAUCGCCCAGCAGGUCCAGGAGCAGCAGGCCCAAACACAGAGCCUCGUUCGUCACAAGCAGCUGGAGAGGGACCUCACUCCGGCCCACAGCCCACAGGUUUUGGCCCCGGCUACGCCUCCUGCACCCACACACCAUGCUACGGUCAUCGUCCCUGCGCCUGUCCAAACUCCUCAGCCCCAUCACGUCAACGUGGUCACCAUGGGCCCGGCAUCGGUCAUCAAUACAGUUUCCACAUCCCGACAGAAUCUGGACACCAUUGUUCAAGCAAUCCAGCACAUCGAGGGCACCCAGGGGAAGGGUGGCGCUGGUGAGGAAGAGCAGCGGAGGGCAGUCAUCGUCACUUCGGGUCGCGUACUCUCCGACGCGGCGGGCUCGGACACCGCCUCAAACAGCGACGGGCCGGACGACUGUUCACUGCCCUGAGUUCACCCCUGGUUUCUCCCACAUCGUACACUUACACGCAUACACAGGAAACACCCAAGCAGACCAGGGCUAUGGGAGGCUUCAGACCUAGAGCACUCUUGUUCAGUGGACAUUAAUUGGGCUGGUAGACAAAUUGAAGCACUCGUCUUUUUUUUCCUUUCUUCCUUUUUUUUCUUACAUGUUGUACCGUGAUAGGCGGCCCAAAUAGGUUUACACUUAGACACUCAUACAUGCAGUCUCCUCUGCAUCUUUUCUCUGCUUAUCUCUAGGUGCCUGCUAUCUCACUUAACAAACUCAUAUCUGUUCAUUAAUCUGUAGAAAAGGUUAUUAGAGCAACUAUUUCACUGACUGAUCUGUAAAUGUUCCUGGGCACGGCAUACUAGAGCAUCUGCUAAACGGCUCCAUUUACCACCGGGACUGUCAUCUUUAUUUGGCCCUGAAGCCAUGUGACUGAUCUGCAAAACAUCAGUGUGGCGUCAUCGCCGCCCAACACCAGAGCAUUUUUAUAAGGAUGAACAACAUCCUUUAAACCUCCUGCUCAUCCUGACCCAUCUGAGCUCUUUGGAGAGACACUGUGAGCUUACAAGACUGUCGCAAAGUUACACCUUUUUAGGCUUCUAGAUGAAAGAAUUGGUUAUUUUAUUCUUGUGAAGUGUACUUUUUCAUGUUUUGUUUCUUUGAGGCUCCCACAACCAGCAAGUUAAAGUGAUUGUAUGGGAGGGGGGAGACACAUAAAAAGGCACCACCUUGACUGGAAUUUUUUAAGCUGCUGUCAUGGGUGAUUGGUGCUCACAGGAAAUGAAAUGAAGCUCCGGAGAAGAGAGUGCACUUAUGCUUCACAACUCUAUUCUUUCCCUUGUUUGUUUGUUACCAUUUUUACUGGGCUGGGUUCCUGGUAAUCCCGCAGAUGUAUUUGGCAUGUUUUUUUUUCUUUUUACUCAUGGCCUGACAAAAAAAAGUGCUUUGAUAUUUCUUGACACCUCCCCUUGUUGAAUAUAAAAGUACCUGGCUGGUAAAAAUAAGCUAAUCUGUGGGCACUCGUAGGUGAUUCCCACUGUUGUAUGUGUAUGUCCCUUUUAGCAUUUUGAAUCAGCAGGGUGUUCGUGGUUCCACAGACUCUGGCAGUCUGCGACAGCACCACUUCUGCCUUGAAAUUAAAGCCACACAGGUAUGUGUGCACGACAUUGACACAUACACGUAACCACAGACAUACAAUCACGUUUGCUCUAUCCCAAGGGCUGGUUUUAUUUAAGCCCCUAACAGGCUAGUUUCUUGUCCAAUUGUUGGGACAUCUAUCAAAGCAGAGUAGUGCUACAAAUAUGAGGAAAACUGCCCGGUGAAAUUGUUUGAAUGUGCUAUGGAGUUGACUGGGUAGACCACACACAUGCUCUAUGCAUUUCCUUAAAUAGAGCUUCUGCUUUGUCUAGUAUACAGCACUAUUAACAUGUUGCAGCUCAGUCCCUAUUUUUAAAUGCGUUGUUUUGCCUGGAACUGUUGAUCGACGGACAGAUUGACAUUAAGACGUAGCUGAGAGAGGCAGCAACUUGCCUUAACAGCCCGUGGGUGCAGGGGGGCACUGUGAAUCCAGCCUUAGCACGACCCUGGGGUCCAAGCGAUGUAGCUGAACACCCGAUAUGGGUCGAUCAGUGGCCACUGGAAUCCCUUUUCACUACGCCUUUUCAAACAGACGUGUAAACUCCCAGGGUGUGUUGGCAUAUAUAUUCCAAGUUAUUUUUUCUACCUUACUUGUUUGUUUUAUUAUGUUGGCCUCAAAUGAACAGGUUGCUGGUAUACUAAUUACUGUCAAGUGCUUUUUUCCCCCCCCCCUUAAUAUUCAAAAAUUCCAAAAUAUAUCUGAUUACUGACUUCUGGUAGUAUCUGUGUCGGGUGGAAAUUUUCCACAGUGAAAUGUCAACAUUCCAUAAAACAUGAAACAGUUUUUCUUUACAAGUUACUUUUCAAAUGUGAAACCUGGUAUAUUUAGAGAUUAGUCACAUUUAAGGCUUUUGACACAUCACUGCUAUUUUAAACUCGCUCAUUCGAAUCCAAUGCAUCAACGCAUAGAAGAAGGUUUGAAGUAUUGGACAGAUGGUGUGUUCAAGUGAACACACCUCACCUAUCAUGACUUAAGUCAUGGAAUGGCCCUUUAAGAAAAUGUUGAUGUCAGCUCCACUGAAACGAGCGUCAAAUUUAUUCAUGGGGCAUUGUCCCAGUACUUAUCAUUAUAUGGGAAGGGGAUUCCUGGAUAUUGAAAAUGUGGCUUGCAUGCUCUGCUGUUGUGGAGCUCUUGCUCCCCCCCCCCCCCCUCGGAGUAUCUGCAUUCGAUGGUCUCCUGCUGAAUCUCAGCAUUUUUAUUUCCAUCUGUGUUUUGCACUCUACUCUGUGUCUUAGGAAAUGUGUAGUGGACAUAUCAGAUUGUCAGAUGAGUCGGGUGGGCCUUGGGAUCAUUAAAUGGCGUCAAGAUUACAAAGCACUUACUGUAAUAUACUGGAGACCGCCUCUUUAUUUUGUAAAAAAAGGGGCAUCUCCUCAGCUGGAGCUCUUGAGGUUAUGAGUAAAAAAGCGCACAGCUGUGUAUCCCCCUUCCCCGCCAUUUCAAGUCCCUCUACAUCUUAUCCCAUUUGCCCCUCAAAUGUGUUUUGUUCUCUUUUUUUUUGCGAUCUUUUAUGCCGUCUUUGUUUACCUGUUGUCAACAUCUCUCGUCUCCUUCACAUUUUGCAGCUCCCUCUCUCUUUGUCUGUCUCUCUCUUUACCUUUUUUUGUUAGACCUGUCAAUGCAUAUGUUCAUCAAGAACCUUUUUUUUUUUUUUUUCUAAAGAGAAAUGUUUUGGGGAUAAAGAGGCUUGUGCCUUUGUAAAGACAGAAUAAUAAAGUUUGUACUUUGUUUUUUACACA